GUGUCCGUUCGGCUUGAUCACAUACAGAUUAACUGCAAAAUGACUACAAAGAAAGGACAGCAUCACGGAUCAGGAAAUCCCUAUUCAUCCAGAGGAAAUCGUGCAGAGUUCCAGGGAACGGGAAUUCCACAUGAGGCACAGGCAAAUCAUCUUCCCAUGGACUUCCCGUCGUACUCUCUGGGCAGGAGCAAAAAUAAUUCUUUUGGCGAAGGCACAUCACCUUCACCAGCGGUAGUAGCCAAUGACCCGCGCAAAUUUCCGACCGAUAAAGGAAACUCUGCUAACUCUACAGUGACUGGCAUUGAGAAGGAUUUCUGGACACCUGCAUUUGGCAUGCCAGGAGCACAACAAGCACAGAAAGAACAAGUGAAGGCAAUGGAUGCCCCAUUGUCCAUUCAUUACGAGCACGAGGUACGACCAUACAUUGAUCUCAUUGAUUCUCUGAGAGGAUUUGGUGUGGAUAAGGAUCUCGGACUUCCAGCCAUUGCAGUGAUUGGUGACCAGAGCUCUGGGAAGAGCUCAGUGUUGGAGGCGCUCUCAGGAGUGGCCUUUCCCAGAGGGAGUGGAAUUGUAACAAGAUGCCCACUUGAAUUGAAGUUAAAAAAUGUCAAAAAAGCAAAUGUUUGGCAGGGGAAAAUCAGCUACAGGGGUUAUUCGAACUACCUCAGUAGUGCAGCUGAGGUGGAACAAGAAAUUCUCAAAGCCCAGGACAGUAUUGCAGGUAAGGGAGUGGGAAUCAGCCAUGAACUAAUCAGCCUCGAAGUUGAAUCCACCAAUGUCCCUGACCUGACUCUGAUAGACCUGCCGGGUAUCGCACGAGUCGCCGUUGGUAACCAGCCCCAAGAUAUCGGAGACCAGACUAAGAGACUCAUUACAUCGUUUAUUAUGAAACAAGAGACAAUUAACCUUGUGGUCGUGCCUUGUAACGUCGACAUAGCAACCACAGAAGCACUGAAAAUGGCCCAGGAAGUGGACCCUUCUGGAGACAGAACUUUGGGUAUUUUGACCAAACCUGACCUGGUGGACAAAGGAACAGAGAAUAACGUAGUUGACAUUGUGUACAACCUGACAGUAGAGCUGGCGAAGGGGUACAUGAUCGUUAAGUGUCGUGGCCAGAACGACAUCAAUGAAAAUAUAUCACUGGUGGAUGCAAUCGCCAAGGAAAAAGCAUUUUUUGAAAACCACGAACAAUUUGGGCCACUUUUGGACGACGGAAAGGCAGGCAUCAAAAAUUUGGCCGUGCGACUUACAAAGGAACUUGUCAACCACAUUAUUAAAUCAUUGCCUCAGUUGCGAAAUGAAAUAGAAACGAAGCUGAACCAGUCGUUGCAAUCCCUCAAGAAGUACGGCAUCGCAGCCCCCACUUCUUCCUCCGAGCAAAUAACAUUCUUAAUCGAGAAAAUCAACAACUUCUGCAGCCACAUAAAAAAUCUGACCAUGGGGGAGGAACCUCAGGACAAGGUAGAUGGCGUGAGGUACAUCACCAAAGUACGAAAUGAGUUUGGUGAUUGGAACACAUACCUGAAUAAACGUGUAGCAAAAUUCCAAAAUCACAUGCAACAUUUAGUUCCCCAAUAUGAAAACUCAUACCGUGGAAGAGAGCUGCCAGGGUUUGUCAACUACAGUACCUUUGAAGCCUUCAUUAAGAAAGAGGUCUCUACAUUGAAAGAUCCAGCAAUUACGAAACUGAAGACAAUCACAGAUAUCACAAGGGAUAUUUUUAUGGUUGUUGCCGAGCAACAUUUCAGUGCCUUUAGUAACCUGUCCAAAGCUGCCAAGGCCAUAAUUGCAAAUAUGAGCCAAAAGCAAGUAGCGGAAGCAGAAAAGCUGCUGCAGGCCCAGAUUAAGGUUGAGGGUGUGGUGUAUUGUCAAGACGGUCUCUACAAUAACAGCCUUUUUGAAGCAAAAGGCAAUUUGUUACCACAUUUGGCAUUUACCAGCGUCCAAGAACUGUCGGAUCAUCUCCACGCAUAUUACAAGAUUGUCUCUCAUCGACUGGCUAACCAGAUCCCCAUGGUCAUACGCUGCUACAUUUUAGACGAAUUUGCUGACAACCUCCGGACAGAGAUGCUUCAACUCACCCAUCACAAGGAUCGCAUAAAUGAUUAUCUAAUGGAAGAUGAAGACACACAGAGGAAGAGAGAUGACCUCAAACGCAAAAUAGACCGAUUGACAAAAGCCCAGGAGAAAUUGUUUGAAUUUGUUUAAAUGAGCGUUGAACGAAGGUCACUGAAUACUGUAAAGAUAUGUUUAAAUUUUGUUUGAUAAUUUUUAUAUUUCUUGCCAACUUCUGCUCUUGAAGGGAUUGAAUCCUUACUACUGUUUAGUCUCUGAGUUCACAAUCAUUCUUUGAUACCAGCGACCUUUAUUCCUGUUUAAUUGCAUGAUGACAACCUAUCAAUGGAUAGGAUAGACUUAGAAGAAUAUGUGCCAAAUCCAGGCAGGUGGAACUAAUGCAGAUGGAACUUGUGGGUCAGCAUGGGCAAGUUGGGUUUGUUUCCACAUUCUUUGACUAUUUUUGAGUUAGAGGAACUUACGGUACCUCCUCACCCAAUUCCCAUAUUUGUUAUCUUCGUCCUGGCUAAUGUCCUCUUUCCAAUCAAGGGAUAUAAGUCUGAAGAAGGGUCUCGACCCGAAACGUCGCCUAUUCCUUCUCUCCAUAGAUACUGCCUCACCCGCCGAGUUCAUCCAGCAUUUUUUGUCUACAAGGGUCAUACUUGCUCCCAUCCCAUCCUGACUAAAAUUGGCUAACUCUGGAAAACAUGGACUGAUUUUAAAUUGAAGGUAGACACAAAAUGCUAGAGUAAUUCAGCGGGACAGGCAGCAUCUCUGGAGAAAAGGAGUGGGAGACGAGACCCUUCGCCCGAGUUAUUACAGUAUUUUGUGUCUUAUCAUUGAAAUCAGCAUUUGCAAUUCCUUCCUGGUGAACUUCUACCGCGCUGCACCAUCGAGAGCAUCCUUACCAACUGCAUCACAGUAUGGUAUGGCAACUGCUCUGUCUCCGACCGGAAGGCAUUGCAGAGGGUGGUGAAAAUUGCCCAACGCAUCACCGGUUCCACGCUCCCCUCCAUUGAGUCUGUCCAAAGCAAGCGCUGUCUGCGGAGGGCGCUCAGCAUCGCCAAGGACUGCUCUCACCCCAACCAUGGACUGUUUACCCUCCUACCAUCCGGGAGGCGCUACAGGUCUCUCCGUUGCCGAACCAGCAGGUCGAGGAACAGCUUCUUUCCGGCGGCUGUCACUCUACUAAACAACGUACCUCGGUGACUGCCAAUCACCCCCCCCGGACACUUAUUAUUAUUUUUUUUUAAUUCAAAUCGUUUGCUAUGUCGCUCUUCAAGGGAGAUGCUAAAUGCAUUUUGUUGUCUCUGUACUGUACACUGACAAUGACAAUUAAAAUUGAAUCUGAAUCGGAUUGAAUCUGAAUCUGAAUCUUCCUACACAUAUUGAUUUUAAAUUGUCUGUAUAUUGAGCAGCUCGCUGUAAACUUGUUUAAGCUGUCAAGGAACCUUUAAUUGUCUUUUGAUGCAUUUUACGUGGAACCUCUUUGCUUAAUGGAUUGGGUUCAGUAACAAGAGAUUGUAUUUACACAAAGCUCCUGGCCCAAAACAUCUUCUGCCUUUUUCCACAGAUGCUGCCUGACCUGCUGAGUUCCACCUGCACUUUGUUUUUACACUUAGCUAAUGUUCCCCGGCAAUUACAUUACGUAUCAUGUUUUGGAUGUGAAAUUGCAAUUUAAAGUGUGAUUAGAUUUAAAUUAAUUCUAAUCACACUUUGACAUUUUUAUCAUGUUUUAAAACAAGUUUGAAUUCGACUUGAAGCAAAUAGAUAAUCCAGUACAGCAUUCACAAGGAUACAGAGUGGAGUGGAAUUUAGAGUUUGAUACGAGUCAUUUUACAAUACUGGAGAGAUUUUGAGGAACAAGAUUAUUAUUCACUUUUUUACACCAAUACACUGUUCUUAACUAAACCUACCCAUCAUAUGAAACCUUAUAAAUAACAGAUAUAAAUUAGAUAACUUCAAGACCGAAAGUCAAACAUUUUUUCAUGACAGACAAAUUUUCAUCGUUUACCACCAAUUUGGACACCAAAAAUGUGACACUAGAAAUUCUGCCACAUUUAGUCAUGAAUAUUUCAUUCAUAAAUAAACUUCAUAUGGCCCCUCAUACAUACAUGUUUUGAUAAUGAUCUAGGGAAAUAUCUUCAUCAGUACCAGGAGAAAAAUACAGUAACAUGUCUGGUAUUCCGCCGAGCAAAGAUCUGGUAACGGCCAUUGUGCUUGGUGUCCAUUGUCACAAUGACGGUUAUCGGGGUCGGUACCUCCGUAAGUUAAACCAUGGAGGCUCCAAACUCUACUCAAUAAUCAAAAAUCUGUUGCCUUUUUGCUCUGGUAUUUUUUUUAAUUCACAUGUUUAAUCGAUAACGUUUUAUGUGUCAUUCUUAAUUGUCAUUUUAUGUCAUGUUGUCAUUUGUGAGCAGAGCACCAAAGCAAAUUCCUUGUAUGUGAACAUACCUGGCCAAUAAACUUAUUCAUUCAUUCAUUCAUGGUUGUGUAGAGACUCGGUCCUAGAGAAACACCAUUAGACCUCCUCGGUCACUGAAUUUAAGGAAGUGAGUGUUCUAGGCUUGGAAACAAGGCAGCACUAACAAUUCACCAAAAUCGUUAAUAUGCCAGAAGAACUCGUACCUCACAGCUCCAGCGACCUAUGUUCAAUCCUGACUUAUCUCUGGCAUUUGCACAAUUCCAGUCUGACUGCAUGGUUUAUCCGAUUACCUCGCGCUGUAAACAGCAAUGAGAUAAAUGGACAAAGAUUUAAUUUUAGAUACACAGUGGAAACAGGCCCUUCGGCCCAUCGAGUCCACAUCGACGAACAAUCACCCGUACACUAGUUGCAUCCGACACACUGGGGACAAUUUACAGAAGCUGAAUAAUUGUACUUGGAGGGGUGUGUCUACUUCGGUGGAGACUAGCGCAGACUCAUAGAUUGGGAGUUUCAGUUUACAUUGAGGAUUGAUGAGAAUGACUGUUUUUUACCACGGUAACGACCGCACGGUCACGACUGCAUUUUAUGAAGAAGAAACAGUUAAGAGCGAAAAGUUAUGAAUUAUUUCUUUGCUUUGUAAUACUUUUAUAAAAGACCAAUUAAUCAAGAAACAACAUUUGGAAGAUUAAUUUUUACGAUCUUACGAGUGCGGAGAGUGUGUAAACUAUAUCUCCACCACAUCCCCGAGUAGUAAUGGCUAUCAAAGUUGGACAAUGAGAAAGUUAUAGAAACUGCCAUUACACGAAAAGAUGUAAACUUAAGAUCAAAGGUCAGGAAUAAUUAACAUUGGUUCACAGGAUGUCAUUUACCUGGCCAUUGACAUACAGUAUUAAUUUGCAACCAGCCAACACUUCCUACAGACAGAUAAAGAAACUUAAUCAGCCAGCCACAAUUUAGACCACAGGGUACUCCAUAUUUUAAGCUUAGAUUCUACCUUGUUCAUUCCCAUGCACUUUGAGUUGUGCACUUUGAACCAUAUGCACUAUAGUUUCAGAAUAUGAAAGGGAAGCACUCAUUUUGGAAAGGGGUAAUGUUAGACCACAGUGGAGCAGUGGUAGAGAUGCUGCUUUACAGCGCCAGAGUCCUGGGUUCAAUCCUGACUACGGGUGCUGUCUGUACGGAAUUUGUACGUUCUCCCCGUGACCGUGUGGGUUUUCCCCGGGCGCUCUGGUUUCCUCCAACAUUCCAAAGACGUACAGGUCUGUAGGUUAAUUGUCUUCAGUAAAAAUUGUCAAUUGUUCGCAGUGCGUAGGAUAAUGCUAGUAUACGGGGAUCGCUGGUCAGCAUAGACUCCGUGGGCCGAAGGGCCUGUUUCCACGCUGUGUCUCUUACCUAACCUAAACUAAAACAGAAAAUCCUUGAUAAACACAGCAAAUGGAGCAGCGACUGGGAAUGCUUAACAGAGCAGACCAGUUCUGAUGAAAAAUCAGUGACUUUAAAAAUUAAAGCUGAUUCUCUCAGUACAGAAGUUACAUGAUCUGCUGAGAAUUUUUUAAGCAUUUACUGAUUUUAUUCCAGAUUUCCUAAAUCCACAUCAUUUUGCUUUUCAGUUCAGUUUAGUUUAUUGUCACAUGUACCAAGAUACAGUGAAAAGCUUUUGUUGCAUGCUAACCAGUCAGCAGAAAUCCAAUACAUGAAUACAAUCGAUCCAUUUACAGUGUAUACGUACAUGAUAAGGGAAUAACGUUUAGUGCAAGGUAAAGGCAGUAAAGUUAAGGAGAUCAAGGAUAGUCUCAAGGUCACCAUUUGCAAUGUUUUCAGACUUUGUAAAAACAAGAGUGGCAUUUGAGGGGCUUUUGGAUUGGCACACAAAUUAUGGAGGGAUAUGGAUCAUGUGCAGGCAAAAGGGAUUAGUUUAAUCUGACAUGAUGUUCUGCACAUGGGCUGAAGGGCCAGGAUGGAACUCAGGUCUCUAGCGCUGCAAGGCAGCAACUCUACUGCUGCACCACAGCGCCUCCCGUAGGACGGAUGUUGUUAAGCCAGAGAGUGCGGAGAAGUUUCACAAGGAUGUUGGCAGGACUAGAUGGAUUCAGCUGUAGGAAGAGGUUGGGCAGCUAGGACUUUGUUCCUUGUAGUGCAGGAGAAUGAGGCUUGAUCUUAUAGAGGUGUUUAAGAUCAUGAGCGGAUUAGACAGAGUGAAUGCACAGAGUUUUUCCACCCAGAGUAGGAGAAUCAAGAACCUACGGACAUAGGUUUAAGGACAUAGGGGUGAUAGAAUAGGAACCCGAGGGGCAACUUUGGUACACAAAGAGUGGUGGGUGAUGGACGGUAGUUGAGACAGCUACUAUGACAUUGUUUAAGAAACAUUUACACAGAUACAUGGAUUUAGAGGGAUAUGGGCCAAAUUCAGGCAGGUGGGACUAGUGUAGAUGGGGCAAAUUGGGCUGAAGGGCCUGUUACCAAACUAUAUGACUGUGUGUCUGUGAGGUGCCCUCUAUGUCAAUACACAAUGUCUGAAGGCGUUUCCUCCAUGAUCAGUACAUACACAUUCUCAACAUCCUCGCCCUCGUCUGUUAUCCAAUCAAAUCCAGUCUCUUCUGCCACCUGGAAGUUUGGGUGUCCCAGUGGCCGACUGUCCUCAUAGAAGUCCCCCUCCCCCUUUACAGCGGAAACCCAGGGUAGGAAGUGUGGCACGGACCAGUGCCAAGCAAUAGUGGUGGCAUGGUGGCGCGGCAGUAGAGUUGCUGACUUAUAGCGCCAGAGACCCGGAUUAGAUCCUGACUACGGGUGCUCUGUACAAAGUUUGUACGUUCUCCCUGUGACCCCAUGUGGGCUUUGAUUUGGUCAUGGCUUCCUCAUGCACAAAUCAUCUUUUUUUUUUCUCAGCCUGGCCUGGUCCUCCUUUUUAACUUUGAACAUACAAAAUAUUGCCAUUUGGAAGGAGCUCCAGAAAAUCCUGCACCCACUCAAGCCAUCCUCAGCCCCCCUCCACCGCCGGGCUGGCCUUAGGAGGUGCGGGGCCCAAUUUGGAACAAUUUUGGUGAGCCCCAGGUUCUUAGC